AUGGAUUAUACUUUGAAUGAUGAAAGGAUUUCUAAUAGGAAUAAACUCUUUCGUAAUGUAAUUAAUAAUUUAGUUAUAUCUCUUUAUGAUCUUCAGUAUAAGUUUUUUUUUGUAAAUAAUAAACUAAACAAUAUGAAUGAGUCUAUAAGUCAUGCUGAUACAUUGGACAUUAUUCAAUAUGACCUUUUACAUAUAAUUAUUACAUUCAUAAUUGAUUGUAAAGCAUUAAAGAAUCUUAAACAUAUUAUCAGAAGAACAUUUGUUAUGUCCAAUAACAGUACAGUACCGCAUUAUUAUUAUCUUUUUGAACAUAAAAAAUUUGUGCAUUUAUUCAGAAAAUUAGAAGUAUGUAUAGCAACGUGUGAGCAACUGAAUAUAUAUUUGACGGGACAAAUCGAUAGGUUAAAGGAUAUUGUCUCGAUAAAUAAACACUACUGUACUGGAAAUAAAAAAUAA